UUGGGGUUUGUAAAGCCAAAUAGUUGGAAGCGAUUGCGUACAGAGAACAUACUGAUCAGAAUACAUGAAAGCAGAACUAGGAUCGAUCUAUUAUCAUUUCUAAUUUGUUAAUACACACAUAAUUAUUCUUGAACGAAAUGAUAAGUUUAGAUAAUUAUGUAGUCAUAUCACUGCAAUAAGUUAUUGCCAAUAACUAAUGUAAUGAAUGCUGCUGCUGACCCAUUCUAUUUAUUAUCUCCUUUGUUCAUCUUUAAUUCUCUUAGGUCUUAAUACAGAGAAGAAGAGGAAGAAGAGUAAUCAAGAUUUGAGAGAAAGAUAUUCAAGUUUUUUUUUUUUUUUUUUAAAGAUGGUACUAUUUUCUUCGCGGUGUGCAAUGAAACGAGAUGUUAUCAUUGUGAUGAUCUUUACAAUCUUAGUUUUAAUAAUUUUGUCGCGUUCGAGUUCUAUCCAGGCUGGAAGAUUCAUCACUACGAAAAGAAGGCAUAAUUUGAGCGUUGCUCGAGUACAAGAUUACAAAAAUCAUCACGCGUUUGUGAUCACCGAGAUGUCAACGUUUAAAAAAUUCAGAGGAAGAUCAUCUAAAGUUAGGAGAAAGAUAGACGGUAACGAAGACGAAGAAGAGAAGCGAAUCAUCCCGGCAGGUCCAAACCCCUUGCACAACAGGUAGUAGGUUAAUGAGAGAUGCAAAACAUACUUCGACUGCAUAAUUAGUUCAUUAUAUAUACAUAUUAGUUUUGAUUUUGAGAUUAAUAAUUGUUCUGAAGAUAACACAUUUUCUGCUAAAGUUUCAUUCAUCUCUUUAGAUCGAUAUUGUAUUGAGAAGCUUUUUAGGUUGGGCUGGGAAAUCUAAUAUAUGUGACUGUAAGGUCAAUAACAUUAUGUCAGUUGAUAUAUGUUUAGUCAAUCUUAAAAUAUAA